AUGGAAAACACGCACCCGUUCUAUCCUUUACGCCUUUCCCUUCCUCAUUACGUUCCCAACACCUUAUCCUCGAUCCAAUUAGUAUCCGCCUCCGCAGCCGGAGCGUUUAUCAUCUUCGCCGGGACAUGGAUCCUCGUCAACGUGACAAGCAGGGAGAUUACUACAAGUGAGAAGCUUCAUUGUUUAUGGUUUGCGCUAUGUGCUAACCCGCUCCCAAGUCUCAAGACAUAGGUAGUCAUCCCUACUAACGAGGGAUAACGUUAGGCGGCUUCAUCCACUUCUUCUUCAAAGGAUAUUUCGGGGCUACCCCUGGGACUAUCGCCGGCAGCACUCACUUGUUUGCCCAAAUGUGGAGGGAAUACGCUCUGGGUGAUUCCAGAUAUUUGUCUUAUGACGAUUUCACCGUGGCUAUGGAACGAAUCUGUGCUGUAAACAGUCCUCCCCCCGCCCCCUCAAGUCUCGUCAGUUCCUGACUCCGCACAGCUAUUCUGUAGCCCCCUCUCCUUCUGCCUCGUCUACGCAAUAGCCACCAACCAUCCCUCCCGAUACCCUCUUCAGAUAAUCGUCAGUCUCGCACAAUUGUACGGAGAUGUGCUGUACUACGUGACGGCCUCGAUCGGGGUUUACGAGAGCAUCAGGCCGGAACGGUACUACUUCUGGGUGUACUUUGUGAUGUUGAAUUCGUUUUGGAUCUUCAUUCCCGGUUACCUGCUCUAUAGGGGAUUUACAGAGGGAGUUGAAGUGUUCAAAAGGGAUACUGCGGGGAGAAAGAGGAAGGGGGA